AUGUUAAAUAGUUUGUUAAAUAAAAAAAAUUUAGUUAGAUUAUCAACAAACAAUAACAACUAUAAAAUUAAAAACUAUUGUUCCUCAAACAACAAAGAUGAAAAGAAUCACUCAUAUUCAGGUACACUUCAUUUACCAAAAACCAAAUUUCAAAUGAAAGCUAACGCAGCCAUCAAUGAACCUUUAUUAUUAAAAGAUCCAACUGAAUUAUAUAAAUGGCAACUCGAAAAUAAUAAUAAUGGUGAAUGGGUAUUUCAUGAUGGCCCACCAUAUGCAAAUGGACCAUUACAUUUAGGACAUGCAUUAAAUAAAACUUUAAAAGAUAUUGUAAAUAGAUAUAAAGUUUUAAGAGGAUUUAAAGUAAACUAUAUUCCAGGUUGGGAUUGCCAUGGUUUACCAAUCGAACAAAAGGUAUUUCAAUCAUUCGAAACCACUCAAGGUUUAAAACCACACACAAUUAGAGAUGCUGCAAGAAAAUAUGCAUUAAAAGAAAUCGAAAGACAAAAGAAAGGAUUUUUAGAACUAGGUAUUAUGGGCGAUUGGAAAAAUCCAUACAGGACAAUGGAUCCACAAUAUGAAGUACAGCAAAUUCAAACUUUUUAUGAAAUGUAUCAAAAAGGUAAUAUCUAUCGUGGCGAAAAACCAGUUUAUUGGUCUCCAUCUUCAAGAUCCGCUCUUGCUGAAGCUGAAAUUGAAUAUAAUGAUGCCCAUGUCAGUAAAUCUAUUUUUGUAAAGUUCAACGUCGAAAAAUUUUCAGAUUCAUUAAAGAGCACAGUUCUUUCAGAUCUCUCAAGUCAAUAUUUCACUGAAGAGAAUGGCAGAAAAUGUUAUGCCCUCAUUUGGACCACCACACCUUGGACCAUUCCCUCAAAUUUAGCAAUUUCAGUUCAUCCAACAAUGGAGUAUAUUAUAGUUACCAAUGCUAAUAAAAAAAAAGACCACUACAUCAUCUCAAAAGAAAGAUUUGAGAGUCUUAAAGCCAUCUUAAAUGACCCAGAGUUAAUUAUAGUCAAAGAGUUCACUGGUGAACAACUUAAAGGCACUGUCACAAGACAUCCACAAAAAGAUCGUAUCUCACCAAUUAUUUGCGGUGAUCAUGUUGUUGAGGGUUCAGGUACAGGUCUAGUUCAUACUGCUCCAGGCCAUGGUUUUGAAGAUUUCCAAGUUUGGAACGAAUAUAACAAUAACGAAGUUUCUGGUCCAAUCUUAUCACCAGUUGAUGAAUCUGGUUGUUUCACUGCCGAUGCCGGUAAAGAAUUUGAAGGUUUAAAUGUAUUAAUUGAAGGUAAUCAAGCUGUAAUUAAAGAUCUUCAAGAUAAAAAUGCUCUUCUUUUUAUUGAAGAGUAUACCCACAAAUAUCCAUAUGAUUGGAGAACUAAAAAACCAAUUUUAAUUAGAGUAACUAAACAAUGGUUUGCAAGUUUAAAGAGCAUUCAAGAAAAAGCAGUCGAUUGUAUUUCAAAUGUUAAUAUGGUUCCAGCAUCAGGAGCAAAUCGUCUUUCAUCUAUGGUCGGUAAAAGAAAUGAUUGGUGUAUUUCAAGACAACGUGUUUGGGGUUGCCCAAUUCCAGUAUUUUACGAUAAAAACAAUGAACCGGUAAUUGAUUCAGAUACUAUAGAACAUUUGAAAGAGUUAUUUGGUAAGCAUGGUUCUGAUUGUUGGUUUAAACUUAGUGCUCAAGAAUUAUUACCACCAAAAUACCGUGAUCAACACGAACAAUACACUAUAGGUACAGAUACAAUGGAUGUAUGGUUUGACAGUGGUACAAGUUGGAGAGGUGUUCUUGUCGAACGUGGUGUCAUAGAUAAAGAUAAUGGUAAAGCAGAUAUAUAUUUAGAAGGCAGUGAUCAACAUCGUGGUUGGUUCCAAUCCUCUCUUUUAACUAGUGUUUUCGUCAGAGAUACUGCUCCAUAUAAAAAUGUUGUUACUCAUGGUUUCCUUUUGGAUGAAAAAGGUUUCAAAAUGUCAAAAUCAUUGGGAAAUGUUAUUGAUCAAUCAUUCGUCAUUAAAGGCGGUGCAAAUAAAAAUCAAGAUCCAGCCUAUGGUAUUGAUAUCCUUAGAACCUGGAUAGCCUCUUCAGAUUACACAAAAGAUAUUUCAAUUGGUCCAAAUAUUUUGGUCAAGAUAUUAGAGAAUAUUAAAAAGAUUAGAAACUCAUUCAAAUUUAUGUUAGGUUCAAACUUUGAUUUUAACCCAGCCACCGAUAGUGUACCAUAUGAUCAAAUGUCAUUAAUCGAUAAAUAUGCACUUCACAAAGCUCAAGCACUUCAAAAAUCAGUCACCAAUCAUUACGAUAAUUUCCAAUUCCAAAAAGUAUUAUCAGAUGUUUUAAAUUUCACAGGUGAAACCUCUGCUUUCUAUUUCGAAAUCAUUAAACAAAGACUCUACAUCGAAAAAGCAAAUAGUCAACUUAGAAAAUCGUCGCAAACUGCUCUCUUCCAAAUUGUUGAAGUCAUAAACAAAGCUUUAGCCCCAAUCACAAUUCAUACCUCCGAAGAUAUUUAUAAAAACCAAUACCAUUUUUCAAAACCAACAGAUUCUGUUUUCACUCAAGGCUGGACUGUUUUACCACAAGAAUAUCAAAAUGACAAUAUUAACGAACAAUUUAACCACAUUAUGACAGUUCGUACUCUUGUUAAUAAAGUUUUACAAACCAUGAGAAUCGAUGGUUUUAUUGGUCGUUCAGAUGAAACUCAAUUAGAAAUUAAAAUUUCAAAAGAAUUCUACAAUCAUCUCUCAAGUGUAUCUAAUGAAUUAAAUGAUAUUUUCUCUGUUUCAUAUGUAAAAUUAUUAUUAUUAGAAGAUGGGUUUGAUAAUAAAGAAUCAGAAGUUACCAAAACUCAACAAGAUAAUGUAAAUGACAAUCAACAAUAUUCCCUAAUAUCAUUGCUCCCAAAAGAUUCUCAAGAAUCUGGUAAAGUCGAAAUUGUUAUAAAGAAGAGUGACCACUUUAAAUGUCCAAGAUGUUGGAGACAUACUUCGACUCAAAAAGAUACUCUUUGUUUACCUUGCGAUAAAAUUUUAAAAAACUAA